AUGGCGGAGGUUUCCAAUCUCCACCGCCACCACCACCCCCACCCACCGCAAUCGGCCCGAAGCCCCGUUGCCCCUGUAGAAGAAACUGAGCCACAGGAAGAUGAAUUCUAUCAUCAUUCGAACCCUUUUGUUUUCGAUUUCGAUUCCUUCUCCCCUCCCAGUAUUUCGUCGAACCCUUCUUUCUUUGAUGAUUACGCCACGACGUUCGAUUUCGGGUUUGAUUUGAACGCUGAAAUCGAGAAUUCUGGGUGCGAGUUCGAGGACCCUAGUUGCUUUUUUUUUGGGGGUGAAGAAGAUGAUGAGCAGAUGAAUUUCGUUACAGAUCUGUUCGAACCACGUCAGCCCGCCGUGGAGGAAGACCCAAUUUGGGAGCUCGAUUCUGGUCGAGCGGAGGAAUCGGCACUCGAAUUUGGAUUUGGGCCGGGUCUCGGGUCAAGCCUGGGCCUUCGGGUGGUGGACAUGGAUUCUGAAUCUGAUUCUGAGGAAUUCGAGGUGAAUUCAGGAUUUAUUAAUAACGGUGAUGAUAAUCAUGAUAGCUUUGUACUUGGUAACAACAACUAUCAUACUAGCGAGCAUGAGAGGGAGGAGUUUGAAUGGGAGGAGGUGAGUGAGAGAAUUCAUUUUGAUGAGAGGGAGAAUUUGAACUCAGUGAUCAAUCGAAUUGAGGAAAUAUCUGUUUCAUCUGAUAUUUCGUCUUCAGAAGUUCUGUUGGCGGUGAAUAAUUUAGAGAGGACUUUCGAGUUUGAGAAUUCGGAAGAAAAUAAUAGUGAUGGGGGUGAAGUUCCACGCAUUAAUCUUCCGGAAGAUUAUAUUUUGACUAUGCAAUAUGAUGUCCUUUUUGGGCAGUUGGUGGAGAAUGAGAAUGCUUUAAAGGGCAGCCCACCGGCUGCAAAGUCUGUGGUGGAGAAUUUGCCUUCCGUGGUGUUGACGAAGGAGGAAAUCGAGGAGAACAAUAAUGUGGUUGUUUGUGCAGUUUGUAAGGAUGAGUUUGCUGUUGGGGAUAAGGUGACUAGGAUGCCUUGUUGCCAUCUAUACCAUGGGGAGUGCAUUUUGCCAUGGCUCAGUAUUAGGAAUACGUGUCCGGUCUGUAGGUAUCAGUUGCCUACAGAUGAUGCAGAUUAUGAGAAGAGGAGGAGCGAGAGAGUAGGUGGUGGAAUUAAUUCUCACUUGGUUGAUGAUUUUGAGGUUAGGUACAAUUUUGAAGUUUUGCCUUGAAAAGGCCUUGCAAAUCUUAGAGUAUGGUUUUAGAGACAAUAUAUGUUUCCUUUUUCGUUAUGUAAAAAAUUGGUUGUGUCCAAAGUGGUGAGAUUGCAAACUUUUAUGUGGAUAUUACAUUGGAUAUAUAUGGAUCCAUGAUUGAAUAUAUCUACGUAUCCUAUAAUCUGCGAUGUUAGAAGAUAGCAAUCAUUCCUUCAGAAUCAUUGUAGAGAUGAGUUGCCAUAUCAAUGUUGUCAGAUCUUGGUAUUUCAGUUACUCCUGUGAUUGUAUUCAUCUCAAGCAUAUGAAUGAUUUCUCAAUGUGUUGUCAGCAAUCAGAAGACAAGAAUUAGUUGGAUUGCUUGGCAAUUGCUUCCAGAAUUGCCUACCUUUCGGUGGUUUUGCAGUCUGGAAAAAAAUUAUGACCGUCUGUGUAGUUUCUUGUUACUACUGGAU